GUGGCUGCCCGCAGUCACAUGAUCCGUGUAAUCCCAUGUGCUUUCACCGGUGGUGCCCGGCUGGGUCUGCCUGGGAUUCCUGCCAUGUUCCCACAGGGUGAUCUGGGGCGCAGAGCUCCUGUGGGUACUGGUGUCCAUACCCUGAACGGCAGCAUGUCCCGCUAGCUCACCUUGCCCGUCUCUCUGGCAGGGCUUGGGCUGCCUAGCACCAUGGCUUCCCGUGUGGGCCCCCGGGCUGAGGGCACUGAUGGCAGUGACUACCAGCAUCGCGAGAGGGUGGCCUCCCAUUACCAGAUGAGUGUGGCCCUGAAGUCCGAGAUAAAAAAGCUGAUCUACAUGCAGGUGGCCAUCUGGCUGCUGCUCCUGGCCCAGAUGUGUGUGGGUCACCUGAAGCUGCUGCCCCAUGACCAGGUGGCUAUGCCCUACCAGUGGGAGUACCCCUACCUGCUCAGCAUCAUCCCUUCUCUCUUCGGCCUCAUGUCCUUCCCUCGCAACAACAUCAGCUACCUGGUGCUGUCCAUGAUCAGCACAGGCUUGUUCUCGGUGGCACCCCUCAUCUACGGCAGCAUGGAGAUGUUCCCCAUGGCGCAGCAGCUCUACCGCCACGGCAAGGCCUACCGCUUCAUCUUCGGCUUUUCCGCUGUCUCUGUCAUGUACCUGCUGGUGGUGGUGGCGGUGCAGGUGCACGGCUGGCAGCUCUACUACAGCAAGAAGCUCCUGGACUCCUGGUUCACCAGCACGCAGGAGAAGAAGAAGAAAUGAAGAGGGACUUGGGGUGGGGGGGCUGGAUGGCACCACGGUGGGGUCCCCAUUUUUGGGCAGCUCUGCUGCUAAACACUGAAAGCUCCCUGUAGGCUGGGCUGCCCUGCAAGGCACCCAGCCGGAGUGUGCUCAGGGUUCCUCCAACCCUAGCCCUGGCUGGCAGUGACUGAAUGUUCUUCAGUGGCUGGUGGGCCAGGGCUGGGUAGGAGGGCAGUUUCUGAUACCACCAGGGUACCCUCACCAGAAGUCCCCUGGCAGCACGUGGCUCUGGUUGGCUGGGAUGAGAGGGGCGUGCAUGAUGAGAGUGGCCUGGGGGCAGCCACCAGCCCUUACUGAUCUUCCCAUUUCAUGGAGCAGAAACGUGCCCUGACCCCAGUGCCUCUGCGCUGAGGUCUGACAACAUGGCACAGCCCCAGGGCUGCAGACAGUGGUUGGCGUGGUGCUGCCCACUCCCACAGUAGCUUGUGCUGUGCUGGGCCAAUGUCUGUGUCUGAGGCCCAGUCUGCACCAGUGUCCUGCCCAGAUUGCCCUGGAGGCAGGCAGGACCUUUCCUUCCCCUGCAGCUGGGUGAAUUCCAUGCCUCCGCCUGGCUCCAGGUCACCAGAGAGUCCGUGAUCUCAGGCCAGGUGCCUCCCAGCCCCCCGUGCCGCUUUCUGCAAGAGGGGCGGUGCUGGGGCCGAGGGGGGUCGGGCUGGUGCCACUUGCUGUGAGAGGGGCUGGGCUGGGGCCGAGGGGGGUCGGGCUGGUGCUGCUUGCUGUGAGAGGGGCUGGGCUGGUGCCACUUGCUGUGAGAGGGGCUGGGCUGGGGCCGAGGGGGGUCGGGCUGGUGCCACUUGCUGCGAGAGGGGCUGGGCUGGGGCCGAGGGGGGUCGGGCUGGUGCCACUUGCUGUGAGAGGGGCUGGGCUGGGGCCGAGGGGGGUCGGGCUGGUGCCACUUGCUGCGAGAGGGGCUGGGCUGCUGCCCUUGCCCCCAGCACUGGCACAAGCUGCUUCUCCCAGGAGUAACCAGAAAGGAUGAAAUAAAGAGCCACCUUGCUGA